AUGGUGGCUAAAACCAGGAAACAGACCGGCAAGAGUCCCGGUCAGACCCCGACCGAGCGCGAUCGGAACCUUCACCACGUUUCGCCCCACAGCAAAAGUAACAUCAGGCGACCGGGCAGGGAGAGCAAGGCUUUCUCUCAUCCGAACGGGCUGUCGGUGAUCGGGCACAAGCUCGGGCUAACUUCGUCUUCGCUCUGGAAGCUGGGCGUAACGAUCCUGCUCGCUGGGCUGACUGGAUACCUGCACUGGUACCAUCUGUCUCAGCUCUUUGAGAACGACAGGCACUUUUCACACCUGUCGAACCUGGAGAAAGAAAUGGCUUUCCGAACGGAAAUGGGCCUGUACUAUUCCUACUACAAGACCAUUAUCAAGGCUCCCUCAUUCCUGGACGGACUCCACAUGAUCAUGAACGAUCGACUAACGGAGUAUCCUCUGGUUAUUAACACGCUGAAAAGGUUCAAUCUCUACCCUGAGGUGGUCUUGGCCAGCUGGUACCGCCUGUACACGGGUGUUAUGGGCUACUUUGGGAUUCCCACAAAGAUGUGCUGGUCCAUCAACAGAGGAGAGGGCCUCACUCCAGUGGAUAGCUGUGAAGGACUGGGCGACCCGGCAUAUUUCUAUGUAGCCUGCGUCUUCCUGCUGAACGGUGCAAUGAUGAGCCUGUUCUUUAUUUAUGGCGCCUACCUCAGUGGGAGCCGACUGGGAGGAAUCGUCACCACGUUGUGUUUCUUCUUCAAUCACGGUGAAAGCACUCGUGUGAUGUGGACUCCACCUCUGAGGGAGAGCUUUGCGUACCCAUUUUUAGUCCUGCAGAUGCUGCUUCUCACCUACAUCUUACGCACACGAAACCCAAGCAGGACCGCCUUGGUGGCUCUGGGCAUCUCCACCUUGUGCUUCAUGCUGCCGUGGCAGUUCGCCCAGUUUGUGCUGCUCACUCAGGUGGCCUCCCUGUUUGCCUCCUACAUCCUGGGCUACCUUGUUGCAGCGAAGAUGCAGUCUAUCCUUGUCACUCACAUGAUCACACUCGGGGUCUGCUUCAUCCUCAUGUUUGGGAACUCCAUGCUCCUCACGUCUUUUUACGCCUCCUCGCUCAUUUCCAUCUGGGUCAUCAUUGCUUUAAGGGACCGGUUCAUUCAGGUCUUCAAACCUGGCGUUGUCAUCUGGGUCAUGCAGGGCCUGGCUUGGGUCGGCUCCACGGUUCUGCUCAAAUUUCUGCUUUCCACUGUAUUCGGUGCCUCUGAUGAUGCUCACAUCAGUGGACUGAUCAAGUCCAAAUUCACAAGUUACAAAGACUUCCACACUCUGAUGUACACCUGCGCCGCCGAGUUUGACUUCAUGGAGUUUGAGACACCUGUACGUUACCUCAAAACGUUGCUGCUGCCCAUCAACUUGCUGGUGGUGGCGCUCGUUGCAGCCAGGACGUUGCAGGAUUUGUUUCGGACUCUGACACAAGAAGCAAAGACGUCUGCAAAGACGGAGGAUGCUGAUGAAGCUGCGGGGUCUGAUGUAGCUGCGAAUGCAGAGCUGGUGUACCACAGCUUACAGCUGGUAGCCUUCACCGUCCUGGCCAUCCUCAUCAUGCGCCUGAAGCUCUUCCUGACGCCGCACAUGUGCAUCAUGGCGUCGCUGCUCUGCUCCCGACAGUUGUUUGGUUGGGUUGGUGAGAAGUUCAGGCACCAGGCUGUGGUGUUUGGACUCGUGGCCAUGAUGGCGGUCCAGGGAGUGGCCAACCUGCAGGCCCAGUGGGCGAUCAUCGGAGAGUUCAGCAACCUGCCGCAGGAGGAGCUGCUGAACUGGAUCCAGGAAAGCACCCGUCCCGAUUCGGUGUUUGCCGGAGCCAUGCCCACCAUGGCCAGCGUGAAGCUUUCCACGGGGCGGCCCAUCGUCAACCACCCCCACUACGAAGACGCUGGCCUCAGGGAGAGAACCAAGCUGGUUUAUUCCAUGUACAGCCGCAUGUCUGGAGAAGCUGUGAAACAGAACCUGAUGACUCUGGGCGUGGACUUCUUCAUCCUGGAGGAUUCCUGGUGCACCAGGCGAACCAGGCCCGGCUGCAGCAUGCCAGAGAUCUGGGACGUAGAGAACCCGGAGAACGUCGGUAAAAUUCCCUUCUGCACCCACUUGUCCAGGAACUCGCGGCCCUACUUCAACACCGUCUUUUCCAACGACAUCUACAAAGUCCUCAAAGUCUCCAAAGAUCUCAGAUAACGGCGUUGGACAAACAGGACCAAACCAAAUCAGCUUUUAUCCAGCUCUUUUUUUUUUUUUUUUCUUCUUCUUCUUCUCUUGUCGCACACUUCGGUUUCUGUUCUUUCUUCCCGCAUCUCAAACAACUCAUUAUUUUUUGGUACAGGUGUCACCGUCUCUCAUUUAGCAUGUUGCUUUGGCUCCGGUCUGAUUAUUCCUUGUUUUAAAGGAUGCAUCCGUAUUUUCCUGCGUUUUUUUUUUUUUUUUUUUUUUAUCGCUUCAGCCGUAAACUGUCAGUGAUGUCCACAUACUGUGAAGCAAUACCCAAAAGAAGCUGAUUUCCUCUGUCGUUAUGCACAGUGAAAAGGUUUUCCUGUAGUACAGUAUUUUCAUAAUUUAUUGUGUGAGCAGUUUUAUGCAACUUCAAGAUUUUAGGAUGUCUCUAUUCAGAGGCUUUUUUUAAAAUCUUAUACAUAUCAUACAGUGUUAGACAAUUUCACACGAGAAGGGAGCCCUUGUCAAUUUUGUUGUUAUCCGGAAGUUUUUUUAGGGAUGAAUAUGGUUAAGAAAAUGUAUUUCUUUAAGCUGCCCUGGCACAACUUUUUAUAUACUUGUUUUGUAAAAUACUGAUGUUUAGCCUUUUUAAAACGGUUCUUGUUGUGUUUCUUGAAUUACUGUUUGUUGCCAAAAUGAAGUCUUGUUAUUAAAGCUGCAUAUUCAGGGUACUCCACCUCA